UGCCGAAGCUUACACCAUAUCACGUGAUGACGUCAUAUCCAAGGAUCAUGCCAUCGGGUUUAGCAAGCUCGUCCGACCUUUACUGCUAGCUAAGGUAACACUAACCACCUUGCCAAAUGGCAACAGCUAGCUGGGAAGGAAACUCCAUAGGUACGGCACAGAGUUAUUUUCUUGAUGUACCUUUUUCUUUAACCUCCAACAAAUUUCAAACAACAAAUUUCAAACAACAAACAUCCGGACCUAGACGAUCUUUUUCUGAACCUCGAUUGGUCCGUAUAGCCACUACCUCCGACCCAUCCUCCUAGGUCCUAUCGCAUAAAAGAUGUUCGCCAGAUCAGCUUUUCGCGCGGCUCAGCCGCUGAAGCGGAAUCUCCUCUCGCGCACAUACGCCACCGAGCCCGCCAAGAGUGGCUCUUCUAAAACCCUCCUCUACACAUUGGGCGCUGCUGGUGUCGCAGGUGCCGGCUACUGGUACUACUCGGGGCAGAGCGCCGGAUCGGCCGCGGCCAAGGCUAAGGAUAUCGCGAGCGGCCCGCCCAAGAAGGCCUUCCUCGGCGGCGACCAGGGCUUCAUCUCACUGCUGCUGAAGGACGUCCAAGUCAUCAACCACAACACCAAGAAGUUCAUCUUCAAGCUGCCCGAAGACGACCAGGUCUCGGGUAUGACUGUAGCCAGUGCCCUACUUACCAAGUAUCAGAACGAGGGCCAGAAGCCUGUCGUACGACCAUACACGCCUACGAGCGAUGAGGAUGCCAAGGGCUAUAUCGAGCUGAUCGUGAAGAAGUACCCUAACGGCCCCAUGUCGACGCACCUACACGACAUGGUGCCCGGGCAGCGCCUGGACUUCAAGGGUCCGCUGCCCAAGUACCCGUGGACCCCGAAUAAGCACGAUCACAUCGCGCUAGUCGCCGGUGGCACGGGCAUCACGCCCAUGUACCAGCUAGCCCGUGCCAUCUUCAAGAACCCCGAAGACAAGACCAAGGUCACCCUUGUCUUCGGCAACGUCUCCGAGGAAGACAUCUUGCUCAAGAAGGAGUUCGCCGAGCUCGAGAACACGUACCCCAACCGCUUCCGCGCCUUCUACGUCCUUGAUAACCCCCCCAAGGAAUGGACAGGCGCUAAGGGAUACAUCACCAAGGACCUCCUAAAGACUGUCUUGCCUGAGCCCAAGAGCGAGAACAUCAAGAUCUUCGUAUGCGGUCCUCCGGGUCUGUACAAGGCUAUCUCCGGUACGAAGGUCAGUCCGUCGGAUCAGGGCGAGCUGUCCGGUAUCCUCAAGGAGCUGGGCUACUCCAAGGACCAGGUUUACAAGUUCUAAGUUAGUUGGAUUUUUGGGCAGCGAGCGCAUAGAAAACCAUAGUAUAGAACUGAACUAGCCUAAUGUUGGCUUGAGGGCGAAGGCGUCGGCGUGUUCGCGCAGUUCCACUUGUUUCUGCUUUGUGAGAAAGAACUCUUGCGGGGAUGAUGGAUUUGUUCCUCUUUCGACCCAUCCGCCUGUAUUCUGUAGCUUAACCUCACAUAGGGAGUAUCUCAAAAAGAACAAAUCCAUACGACAUUUGUUUUG